UUUUGGUAUUCGCUGAAUGAAAGAAAGAAAUUGGAGGUCGCCAGUAUAAAAAGAAAAUAACCCAAGACAUAAUAUCAGAUUGUAAAAUUAUGGAAUCUAAAGAUUCAGUGACUGAAAAUAUGGCGAACAGCUCCAGAAAGCGAAAACAGCCAAAUAUGGGGAGGACACUGGCAAUCGGAAGACUCUGUGCGGCUAUACUUCUGAUUGUGCUGGUGACGAGUGUUGACGGAAGUACCCCCAGUCCAACCCCACCAGAUGAUCCCCCUCCCCCAUUUUGGCGCAAAGGCUAUUCGGGUGACGGCACCACUCACGAGCAGAUGGGGACGCUUCAUUUUCCCGAAGUUGAAUACUCAGAGUACGAGCCUUCGACCAACUACUCCCAGAGAGAGAACUUCACUGAAAUGUGGGUGGAUGUUGUUUUUAAACUUUCGCGAACCUUUUUUGACAAAAUGUUUCCACUUGACCCGACCAUACCAAGAGGUUACAUAACGGACUUGGCUAAGGAUAACAUGAGAUUGGGGCCAAAAGUUAUACGGGACGAUUGGGCAGAUUGGUUGAACGCAUUCUGGAGUAUGUGGCUAUGGAUAAUCUUCCUGGUUGCUUUCAUUGUCCUGUCACCCUUUGCAGGUGUCAUAUAUUUCUGCUUCUGUUGCCAUCGCUGUAAGCUGGGAUGUCCAGCUUGCCAUUCGGGUGAAAAUAUGAGGAAGACCCUUCUUUGGAGCACCUGCUUGAUUCUGUUCCUUCCAUUAAUCGCUGGCAGUAUGGGCCUGGCUUUCCUCUCAAAUGGUAUGCUAGAACGCGGCCUAGCCAACACCAAGAAGACCCUUGAAAUGGGUAGCGUGGACACUUGCAACUUCCUGAAGGAUGUCAGCGAUCAUGUUCAUCAUUUGUUUGUGAAUAAUUUUGAGGAGCUGGAGACACAUCUGGUCUCUACCAUCAUGGAUGCACCUAAGCAUAUGUUCCAGGACUUGAACGAUGUAGCGGAAGGUAAUGCUGUCGCGGAAUUAACCAGGAUUUUUGCAAGCUUUCCAAAUGUAGCGAAAUAUCCCGAGAAGGGUGGGAUAUCUAGAAUAUACUUUGCAGUAUUGUACGUAAAAAUUUUGGCCCAUAACCUAAGAAAUGCUCUUCGGGGAUUGAAGCGCGACGUUAACCAUGCUGCGGUGGUGCUUUGCGGCAAUUAUGAUUGCCUGAAAUUUUUGCAAACCUCAAAUAUUGAGUUUGCUGACACUUCCAGAUGCCUUCACUUGGACGAGAUCCCGGAAACGGUCCACAUGUUUUACGAAAUUGACCGCUAUCAAAAUAAGGCGGAUAAACGGCUUAAGUGGAUACCACGCCUUCGUAAUAUUAGUAAAAAGAUUAUGGACGCGAUGGAACGAGUCUCACCACCGGUAAUUCGAGACAUACGCAAAGCAAGGAUACUGUUUGCCAAGGAGUCAAGGAGAAUACAAGAAAUAAUUGAUGUGGUCAUCAGUGACAUUCACCUCGGCACUAUACGAGCGAGCAGGGCGUUCGAGGAUCUCUAUGACAAAUUUAAUGAAACACGUUACUUUGUCGUUCUAUAUAUCGCUGCAGCCGUGAUUGGGAUACUGUGUUUACUGGUAACGGCUUUGAUUGUCGGCUGUUUGGCAAGACGUCCCACCGGAGCGAGUAAUGAAUAUUUCACCACGAGAAUCGCGUCGUACUUGCUGAUACUGUCCAUUAUUUUAAUAUUCUGUGCGCUAUCUGUCAUGCUGAUAGUGGUGCUGUUUUAUUUUGUAAUUGGUGGUGUUGCGUACAAAGGCGCAUGUGCACCGCUACGGGAAGAGCAGGGAAGUGCGCUUCUCAAACAGCUAGACUCGGCGAUCGAUCUGCGGACGAUCUUUUCUCUCCGCAAUGUGGGUAUACCAGCUGCCAAUGUAUCAGCACCGCCAAUCAGAGUAUCAAAUGUGAUCAAGGCGUGUGAGGGCGACGACUAUUUGUUUAAGUUUCUGCACGAUAACAGGAUCUUUGACAUUGACGAUUUUCUUCGAUUGAAAUUAAUAACCAAAGCAGAAAGGAGUUUCGAUAAAAAUCUCGAUCUAUCGAAGGAAUUUAUACUGUCGGAGGAAGAUAAGACCUAUCUAAAGGAAGUGGACAUAAUGGAAGCGGCGAAUUAUCACAGCAGCUUGUUUACCGGAUUGGUUUGCAAUGGCCUCAAAUCAUUAAAUUUAGAUAGCCUGGGGAAAGGCCUCAGUGACUUAUCAAAGUCGCUGGAAUGGAGAUCUUAUGAUGCUGCCGUGGUCGCGUUUGAGAACGCGCAUGUUACUCUCAAGGCAAUUAAGUCCGCCUACUAUCCUCGUGUAGAAAAAUAUUUUAGGGAUAUAAUUAAUAACGCCAAAUAUACGGAUAAAAUACUUUUAUAUCAGAACUAUAACUUUGGCGAUUCCGUUAGAGUUUUGCGAGAAAAAAUUGAGAAGACUGAAAAUUUUAUACGGACUAAAGGAACGGUCUACGUAUCUACUCUUGGCCAAAACCUAACUUCAGUGGUUGAGGAACACAUGAAUGGAUAUCUGAGAAUGAUAGUUCGUGAAGCCCACAUAAAGAUCGGUCGCUGCAAGCCUCUGACCUACAUAUACGAACGCGGCCUGGACUUGGUUUGCAAACGCAUGGUUGACCCCAUAAACGGCUAUUGGAUAGGUGUGCUAGUGUCGGCGAUCCUUCUGAUCCCCGUGGCCUGUAUAGCUCAUCGUCUGCAGUGCGUGUUUAAGCAACAUAGGGUGAUUCCGAUAAGGGUCGUCAGAGCACGAGCUGUGCGAACAGUUCAUGUUGAUGUUGACGAAGACCCAUGUCCCUUCUGCAGUGCAGGACCAAAGAGGCUGCCAGGUGGACAUGUCGUCCGCAUUGAUCAGGACGGUGCAGAAACUUCGAUUUUGUGUACGGCAAUCACAAGCCAAGAAAUAUUGAAAAGUAUCGAUGUAGACAGCAAGAAUAAAUUAGACUAG